CACACACACUUCUGACUUCUGAUAGCUACUAAAAAUUCAGUUCAAUUAUUACGCUCUUGCGUGUACGAGCGUUACGUGAGAGAAUCAGUCGUCGGGUUUCGAUGUAUAAAAUGGCUCUAUUUGCAAGAAGCAUCUGCAAAACUCUGUCUCAGGCUCAGAAAAGCACAGUAAGAGCUCUGCAUGUGGGAGCAAUUCGGCAGCAAGAAUCAACAGUUGAACAAGAAGGAAAGACAAAAUGCACCUUGAUACCAGGAGAUGGUGUUGGACCAGAACUUGUAGUUGCGGUUCAGAGUGUAUUCAAGGCUGCAGAUGUUCCAGUUGAUUUCGAACCUUAUUUUCUGUCUGAAGUAAAUCCAACUUUGAGCGCUCCUCUAGAUCAAGUUUCCAACAGUAUUGCUAGAAAUAGAGUCUGUUUAAAGGGUAUUCUAGCAACUCCAGAUCACUCCAUGACAGGAGAAUUACAAACUUUGAACAUGAAAUUACGUAAAAGCCUGGAUUUAUAUUCAAAUGUUGUGCAUGUAAAAUCUCUACCGGGUGUAAGGUCGCGCCAUCAGAAUGUGGACUGUGUUAUUAUCAGAGAACAAACGGAAGGAGAAUACUCUGCGUUGGAGCAUGAAUCUGUCAAAGGAGUGGUGGAAUGCUUGAAAAUUGUAACUGCCACAAAAAGUCAGAGAAUCGCGAAGUUUGCCUUCGAUUACGCUGUUAAGAACAAUCGCAAAAAAGUUACAUGUGUUCAUAAAGCUAACAUAAUGAAGCUCGGCGAUGGGCUCUUUUUAAGGUCGUGUCAAGAAAUUGCUAAACUUUAUCCCAGAAUUACGUUCGAAACGAUGAUCGUUGACAAUUGCACCAUGCAAAUGGUUUCCAAUCCGCAUCAGUUUGACGUUAUGGUAAUGCCGAAUUUAUACGGAAAUAUCGUAGAUAAUCUUGCCUCUGGAUUGGUUGGGGGUGCGGGAGUAGUUGCCGGUGCAAGUUACAGCGCUGAGUGUGUCGUCUUCGAACCGGGUGCAAGGCAUACAUAUUCCGAAGCAGUGGGAAAGAAUGUCGCAAAUCCAACCGCGAUGUUUUUAUGCGCGGUGAAGAUGCUGAAUCAUGUAAAUCUCAAACGAUACGGCGAGCAGAUCCGAGAAGCGUUAAAUCGCGUUCUGAACGAUGGGAAGGUGCUUACGAAAGAUCUGGGCGGACAAAGCUCAACAACAGAAUUCACUGCCGCCGUAAUAAACAGUCUACGCUAAUGAGAAAACAACUUGUACAACUUAUAGGAGAACAUAGACUUUAAUGUCGUAAACUCUUGUACUGAAAUCACACUUGCAAUAUAUGAAAGAUGACCGUACGAAUUGUAGUAUUACGUCCGUUUUAGAAUAUUUUAAAGAAAGUACGUGUUAUAAAAUAUGUAAAAUAUUAGCUCCUCGUUAUGUAAAUGAGAAA